GACAAAAAUAGUUUUUUAAAAGAAUGUAUCUAAAUCUCAAACGAAUUUCUUAAAAAUGUUUUUAAAAAUCACAAUUAAUUUGCACAUAAUUUAAUUAUUGUAUUAUAAUAUUUUUUUAAAAUAAAGUGUUUAAAACACAUUUAAUAUAGUCAAUCAAAAUAUUUACUCAUCUAAAAUUUCAUAGAUUAGUAAAAAAAAUUUAGAAUAAUAAAGAAAAUACACCACGUAUGCAAUAAAUUUAUAUUGUAACUAAAUAAAGCAUUCUAAUUUAAGACGGGAAUUCCACAUCAUUAUUGUUUUUGUUUACAAUUUUAAAAUAAGUUUUUAGUUUUAAUUAAAAAUAGUAAAAAAAAGUUUAAAACAUGCUUCCACUACCACUUUCACAUAGAGAUAAUCGAAAUUUUGUUUACAGAAUUAAAGAAAAAUUAAAUGGUUGGAAACGUUUAAUAUUUUCAGAUAGAAAUUCAAGAAAUUUAUUAUUAUUUCUUUUACUUAAUUUAAGUUUUGCAUUUGUUGAAUUAUUAUAUGGAGUAUGGACGAACAGUUUGGGUCUGAUAUCAGACUCAUUUCACAUGUUCUUUGACUGUACUGGUCUUUUGGCUGGUUUAGCAGCAUCUGUCAUCACAAAAUGGAAAGCAAACGAACGAUACUCUUACGGUUAUGUAAGAGCUGAAGUUAUAGCUGGCUUUGUUAACAGUUUAUUUUUACUAUUUAUAUCAUUCUUUAUAUUGUCGGAGGCUGUUGAGCGGCUUAUUGAGCCGCCAGAAGUAAAACAUGAAAGAUUGUUUGUUGUAUCUGUACUUGGCUUUCUUGUCAAUUUAGUUGGAAUUUAUGCAUUUCAACAUGGACAUUCACAUGGUGGUGGUGGUGGUCAUGGACAUUCCCAUUCACAUUCCUCACAUGAAGAACACAAUCCUCUUAUUGAAAUAAACCAUGGUGAACAUGGUCAUAAUCAUGAAGAUGGCCAUGGACACGGACAUAGUCAUAAUCAAAAUCAUAACAGUAUGAAUCAUCACGGACAUAGUCACGGUGCACCAAUUGAUUUAGGUGGUGGCAAUUCACAAAUUAUGCGUGGUGUUUUUCUUCAUAUAUUAGCUGAUACAUUAGGUUCCGUUGGUGUAAUUGUAUCAGCGGUAUUAAUGCAAAUGUUUGGUUGGAUGAUUGCUGACCCAAUAUGUUCAAUAUUUAUUGGUGUAUUAAUUGCGCUGAGCGUACUUAGUUUGAUAAAAGAAUCAGUUAUGGUAUUAAUGCAAAGACAACCUGUGGGAUUAGAUCGUGCCCUACCUCAAUGUUAUCAAAAAGUUACAGGAUUAGCUGGCGUAUAUGCCGUACAGGAACCACAUUUUUGGACAUUAUGCUCAGAAGUUUAUGUUGGUGCUAUAAAAUUAGAAGUUUCACGAAAUGUUGAUCCGAGAUACGUUGUGACACAUGCAAGAAUGAUUUUUGAAUCAAUUGGAGUUAAACAAAUUUAUAUACAACUAGAUUAUGUGUGAUAAUUUGUAUAAAAUAGUCUGAAAAUAAAUUCUUAUAUUUUUAAGUA